AUGAUAGCCGCCCCUUCCCAUUCCCCUUUCACGCAUGUUCUCAGCUCAAACUAUGCAGCCAAUGUAGAAGAAAUACAGCAGAUCGCAAAUUUAGUUCAGCGGUCCCAGGAGGACUUGAAACAAGUCAACAUUGAGAUAGCUCGCCUGGAGGAAACACUCGCGAAACUCAGAAGCGAGCGGGACGCUCUCAGUGCCUACAUCGACGAUCAUCUCGGUCUUACAUCGCCUUUUAGACGCUUACCAGACGACCUUCUCAGAGAGAUCUUCCUCCAGUGUUUGGAACCGUACCCAGUUCGUAGCACAAAACAUGCACCGUUAGUGCUCACUACCGUUUGCAAUGCAUGGCGAAACGUUGCUCUGACAACUCCACGUUUGUGGUCGUCCAUCCAUAUCUACAUUCCGGUAUGCAGAGAGUUCGGAACUUACCGAAUGCUCGUAGAUGAACGACGAACGGGGAUUGAGCGUUGGCUGGACAGAUCAGGCUCUACCUCUAUCACUUUCUCAGUUACCUUCGGAAUCGGGGGGUGGACACAGAAUCCUCAGGAACUCAGGGAACCUGUUCUUACAGUAGCUCAGUCGGUCGUCGAUACAUUUCUUCGAUACCGGCGACGUUGGUUCAGGGCUCGUUUUGACGGGGUGCUAGCACCGUUUCUAGAUCCAGUGAAAUCUCUGAACCCGGAAGAGAUGCCUCGACUGCAUUCUUUAACGCUGUAUAGUGGCCGUUCGAGCAUCCCCGACGCACCUCAUCUGGAGAGCCUAAUUCGGUCUGCACCUUCGCUUCGUGUUGUCGACUUGGGCUUCGAACAUUCACAUAAUGUGGUGGCACUCCCAUUGCGUUGGGAGCAGAUCACCGAAAUAUCUCUUCAUCCACACCUCGGCUCACUGGAAGUCUUACCUGCACUGCGGAUUCUCUCCUUUAUGCAGAGAAAUCUAAUGAAGUGUUCGUUUUGGAUCUUCCCCCACGUAGCUCCCGAUGACCGAGCUGACCUUCCUCGUGUCCAUUUACCCUCAUUACAGUCGUUUGAAGUUUUAUUCCGCGAAUCCGCCAUCGCCCCAGUGUCAAUCGGGCUCAGUCAUUCGGAUAACGUAAAGCUAUUCUUUGACUCCAUAACUUGCCCAUCCCUUCUCCAUCUAGGCGUGGACGUCGACUUUGCCUUGGCAGAUUCUCCUCUGAAGUUGUUCUUGGAGAAAUCCAGUUCGUCUCUGAGAUCCUUCAGCACCAACCUCCCCCUACCUGCAUCUGAGUUAAUUAAUCAGUGCAUUCGACUCAUGCCUUCGUUGACCUCCUUGUCCCUUCAACGAGGUGUCUUCUGGGGUACGCAACAGGACACAGGAGCAGCGAUCCGGGCGCUCACUCCCGCAGAGCCUUCGGCAGGUAACAACUUGUUGUGUCCGUCGUUGGAGGACUUGACGCUCCUGGAGAUUCAUUCUGUUGAUGCAGAACGGGUAAUGGACUUGAUAACGAAGAGGUUCGUGCAUUGUAAAGUGAGACGCUUAAGGUCGGUCAAGGUGGUAUUCAGAGGCGGCCCUAAUAUUCAAACGCUUGACCAUUGGGAGGAUGAAUACCGUCCUCAAAUUUCUGACCUUCGAAACCAAGGGCUGUCGAUAGCAUGGCAAUUUACCAAACCUAAACUCCCAAAUGACCGUUCUGCCGCAAAGGUGGAUGAUUUACCUGAUGGAGGACAUCCCACAGAUUGCCCACAUAUUCCAAACCACCUCUUGUAUCCUAAUUUGGAUUCGUACUGA